AUGCAGGAAUCCCACAGCGACUCCGAAUCUGCCACUCACAUGAAGAUCGAGGGAAUCAACGACGAGAUUGUAGAAGCUACUAUUGCCCAAUUACAGGCCACCUGUAACCGACCUCAUCUGGUGCGAGAGCUGGCAACUGUGCUUUCGCAGCAGAUUCCAAUUGUCAAGAACUCUGCAAACCCAUGCGCCAUUGUUUCUUCCCGCCUCUCCGCCUACCUGAAGCGUUCCUGUUGGAGUGGUCGGGUACCUUGCCCAAUGGCUAAGGAACUCGAAAAGAUACACCCACGCCGGACAUAUUUUUAUCUCACAACGCGGCCAAGACUGCCUUUCCCAGACUCUCCGGCCUUCGCUCAGCGUGUAGUCAUCUCUCCAUCUCUCUCCAGCAUCGCAUCUGGAUCCGAAGAUGGUGACGACAUCGACCUUCGCCGGCGGGAUUUAAGCCCCUCCCCCGAGGUUGAUCUUUCCUCUCCUGAAUUUGAUGAUGGUGACGACGACUUUGCCAUGCCUACUACUCCCGUCGGGUCCCUACCAAGCAGCUUCCGGUACUCAAGAAGUCAACGCAGUGCCUCUCCUCCGCUGGAAAAGGAUGAACGAGAGUUUACGCAGACGGCAGACGGUCUGCAGAAACGCAAGCUCGCCCGCGAACUGUCUUCGACGGGCAAUGGCGAGCAAUCUGCCAACGCCUUUGAACCGGCUCGGGAUUAUGGCAUGUUCGACGAGAAAACCGGCGUGGCCGUUAACAGCGGAUUGGCAAAUAUGCAUCAGUUCAUGACAAGCCCAGCCUUCAAGGCAACCGUCCCGGCGAGCGUCAGAAAGGAAAGUGACGGCGACAGCUGGUUCAAGCUAGGGGGCCUCCUAGAAUGGGAUCAUAGCCCUGAAAGCAUUGAACUUGAUGAGCUCGAUUGUUUGCUGGACUCUUGUUAA